GACACUACAUGCCUGCAUGGUCCGAACGGCCGAGGAUCCAGGAAGGUUGGCGGACCGCGCACAUCAUGAUCCGGGACCUGAUCGCAUGAAAGCCGAACAUCCUCAUCUCCAGCUCUCACCUAAAGGAAGGUAUCAUGAUUCCUGUGAUGGAAUUCCGGCAGUUCUCUGAACAGCAGCCAGCGUUUAGAGUCCUGAAGCCGUGGUGGGAUGUGUUCACCGACUACUUGUCUGUAAUCAUGCUCAUGAUCGGCGUCUUUGGAUGCACUCUUCAGGUAAUGCAAGAUAAAAUCAUAUGCCUUCCUCAGAGAGUGCCGGCGCCUUCGGAGAACACAAGUGAAGUGGAAGUGAAAUCACUGUUACAUCUGCAGCCCAACAUAUCAGCCAUACCAAAAGAAAUGACAGGCCUGAAAACAGAUCUGGAUCUUCAACAGUACAGUUUCAUCAAUCAGAUGUGUUAUGAGAAGGCUCUGCACUGGUAUGCCAAGUACUUUCCUUAUUUGGUUCUUAUACACACUCUUGUUUUCAUGGUGUGCAGCAACUUCUGGUUCAAAUUCCCCGGCUCGAGCUCUAAAAUAGAGCAUUUUAUCUCCAUGCUCGGCAAGUGCUUCGACUCUCCGUGGACCACACGAGCUUUGUCGGAGGUGUCCGGAGAAAAUCCCGAGGAAAAGGACCAUAAAAAGAGCGCCACCUCAAGGUCCAACAUCAUUGUGUCUCCUGGAGAAGGAAGCCUGGAGAAGACCCAGUCCCUCCGGUCGAUCCCGGAAAAGAUUGUAGUUGAAAAGCCAUCAGCAAGUGUUCUUGAUAAAAAAGAGGGUGAACAAGCUAAAGCUCUUUUUGAAAAGGUGAAGAAGUUCCGUUUGCACGUUGAGGAAGGAGACAUCCUGUAUCUUAUGUACGUUCGUCAGACAGUGUUCAAGGUGUUUAAAUUCCUCCUGAUCAUUGCCUAUAAUAGCUCUCUCGUCAAUAAAGUGCGGAACAGAGUGCGUUGCGAAGUUGAGAUCCAGGACAUGACAGGCUACAAAGAUUUCGAAUGUAAUCACACAAUGGCUCACCUGUUUUCUAAGCUGUCUUACUGUUACCUGUGUUUAGUAGCUGUCUAUGGGUUAACAAGCCUUUACACCUCUUACUGGCUGUUUUACCGCUCACUGAAAGAAUACUCCUUUGAGUAUGUGCGACAGGAAACAGGCAUCAACGACAUCCCGGACGUCAAAAACGACUUUGCUUUCAUGCUACACAUGAUCGAUCAGUACGACCCGCUGUACUCUAAACGAUUUGCAGUUUUUCUCUCUGAGGUCAGUGAGAACAAACUGAAACAGCUGAACCUCAAUCAUGAGUGGACCCCGGAGAAAUUGCGCCAGAGACUGCAGACUAACGGCAACAACAGACUUGAACUUCAGCUGUUCAUGCUCCCUGGGUUACCCGACACUGUCUUUGAGUUGACGGAGCUGCAGUCACUCAAGCUGGAGAUCAUCAACAAUGUCACCAUCUCUGCUUCAAUCUCUCAGCUGGAAGACCUUCAGGAGCUGUCUCUUUACCAAUGCUCUCUAAAGUUGCACACAACAGCUACCUCCUUCCUCAAAGAGAACCUGAAAGUGCUUCGUGUGAAAUUCGAUGAUAACAGGGAACUUCCAAACUGGAUGUAUGGCCUGCGCAGCUUAGAGGAGCUCUAUCUCACCGGGUCUCUGAGCCCUGAUGCCUCCAAAAAUAUAGUUCUUGAGUCACUGCGGGAGUUGAAGUGCCUGAAAACUCUCUCCCUUAAGAGUAAUUUGACCAAGAUACCCCAGUCUAUCGUGGAUGUUUCCAGCCACCUGCAGCGCCUGUACUUACACAAUGAUGGCACUAAGCUAGUAAUGCUCAACAACCUGAAAAAGAUGACCAACCUGAUCGAGUUGGAACUUGUGCGUUGUGAUCUGGAACGCAUCCCACAUGCAAUCUUCAGCCUAACGAAUCUGCAAGAGCUUGACCUGAAAGAGAACAACCUUCGCUCAAUAGAGGAGAUCAUCAGCUUCCAGCAUCUUCGAAAACUCACUUGCCUCAAACUUUGGUACAAUGGCAUCAUGUACAUCCCGGAGCAUAUCAAGAAGCUCGGCAGCCUAGAGCGCCUCUACUUCAGCCACAACAAGAUCGAGAUUUUGCCUUCGCACCUGUUCUUGUGCAACAAGCUGCGCUACCUGGACCUGUCCAACAAUGACAUCAGAUUCAUCCCUCCAGAAAUCGGAGUCCUUCAGAGUCUCCAGUAUUUCUCUGUCACCUGCAACAAAAUCGAAAAUCUACCAGAUGAGCUUUUCUUUUGCAAAAAGCUCAAAACACUAAAGCUCGGCAAAAACUCGCUGUCCAUACUCUCACCAAAAAUUUCCUACCUAGCUCUUCUGACAUACUUGGACCUCAAAUGCAACCACUUUGAGUUCCUGCCCCAAGAGCUUGCUUGCUGUCGUGCUUUGAAGCGCAGUGGCCUUAUGGUGGAAGAGACACUGUUUGAAACUCUGCCUUCUGAUGUCAGGGACCAAAUGAAGGCUGAGUGAGACGCCUUAUUGUAGCCACAGUGCCUGCUGUCUGUUCUGUCUACCACUGCAGAGCAUUUUUUUUUUGUAUGAACUCAUUACCAUAUUUAAGUAUUACACUACUGUUAAGAAAGUUAUUCUUCCAGUUUCUUUGACGAGGGGAAAAAUUACUUAUUCAUUUAUUGUCACAUAGAGUGUGGCUGCAACAGGAGUGCUUGUUUUGUUGUUUAUUGACAUGUUACAACCCUGUCGCCUGAAAAAAUGUAGGCAUACGUUUCGGCAAACUAUGGAUACGUUACAUUUGUAUGCAAUUAUAUAUGCUAGCAGAUAGGUUGAAACUUGUGGUUGUGUUUGGCAUAAAUGGUUAAGAAAAGCUCACGUUUUGGCUUGAACUACCCGCUUUUGAUGGCACUAUCCUGGCAGGAAACGUAGCAAUGUCUCAGUAAAAAACAGCCUCUUUUUGUGGCACUAUCUUCGGUGUAAAAACAGUGACAGCUCACUAAAAAACAACCACAUUUGGUGGCUAAAAAGCUGCUCAGAACUUAGCAGUGAAGAGCUAAGUGUUCAUUUUGGUGUUUAUUGGUCCUGAACAGUGGUCUGCAGCCUGGCAGGUGUCUCUCCCAGGCGUCAGGCCAUCUACGGUGCCCUCCCCCUCCAGAUGACAAAAUCAACUCAUAUACUCCGUCGGUUUAGAACGUUUGUAUGGUAUGUAGGAAACAUACAAAUGUUACGUAUUUUUGGUUUGCAGAAAUGUGCAGUGCCAACAUUUUCCUCUGGCAACUGGGCUGCAUAUUAUCCAUUCGCAAGACCUACUUAAAGGAAUAGUUUAGCAUUUUUGGACAUACGCGGUCUUGCUUUCUUGCUUGGAGUUAAAUGUGAAUAUUAACAUCAAUCUCAUAUCUGUAAGUUAAACAUGAAACUAUAGCCAGCAGGCAGUUAACUUAGCUUAGCACAAAGACUGGAAGAGGGAAACAGCUGGAAACAGCCAUGAUCUUUCAGAAGGUGAACCUACCACCAACUUUGAAACUAAUUAAUUCACACGUUAUAGCGUAUUUUGUUAAUAUUACACAAAAACUGAAAUGUUAAAAUGGCAAGUUGUGGGUUAUUCGGGAGCUGCAUGCUGGACUAUUUUUGUCCUGGUUUUGUCCUGGAGUUCCUUUCUUAAUUUCUGGACUUUAAUGCUGAUUAAGGCUGCAAAGUUGGAUUUAUUAAAAAAAUACUUAAAACACAUUCAAUUUGGCUCAAUAGUGACAAUAUUAAACACAACUACAGAAUCUGGCUCCAUUAUAACCUGCAAGGUUUACAGAUAAAACACUUGUCUUUUGCUAGACACGUUUUCCCUCCAUAUACAACAUGCUAACAAUCUUAGCAAAGGCCUAUGACAUUUUACAUUGCAUAAAUUAGCCUAGCUGCUAGUGGAGUUUUCCUCUACUCAUAUGAAGCCAGGAGGUAACGUUAUAAAUUUCAGCUGCAUUGUAACUCACAAGAUUCACCAACAACUGUCUUUUACUCGACACGUUUUCCCUACAAAUACAACAUGCUAAUGUUAUUAGCACAAGCCUGAGGCAUUUUACAUUGCAUAAAUUAGCCUAGCCACUAAUGGAGUUUUCCUCCACUCAUAUGAAGCUAGGAACAACGGAAACAUUUAACAAAGGUACAUUACAAAAAUCAGUUGCAGUGAAACUCACAAGAUACACCAACAAAACAACGGUCUUUUACUUGACAUGUUUCCCCUACAAAUACAACAUGCUAAUGAUAUUAGCACAAACCUGAGGCAUUUUACAUUGAAUAAGUUAGCCUAGCUGCUAGUGGAGCUUUCCACUACUUAUAUGAAGCCAGGAUAAAACUCACACACGACUUACAAUGCUUCACAAUUUAUUGUUUUUUUUCAUCUGUGAAAAAAAGGUAAAUUUAGGGCCUGUGUCCACAUAGCAUUUUUCAUUAGCACAAAAGAGGUGGCUUCAUAAAAAAGCGCUCCAAGGGCUUUUAUAAAAUGAUGCGCUGCACGUGGGUUUUGUUGCUAUGACGACAAUAUCUUGCCAUUAAUGUUAGCUAUAGGUAGCUAAUGCAAUGCUAUGUUAACACAGGGUCAAUGACACAGUUAAGGCCAAAACACACCGGCGGCAUCAUAUGACGGCAGCGUCAUUGACGCGAGUCAAGUGCCACCCCCAACACACACAAAAAGCAUCGCGCUGCGGGGCGUCAACCGGAUUUCUACUGCACACUCCAGUCCGCGAGAGCUGGGAAGUACAAAAUAGCGCUUUUUCAAGGGCGGCGACGCUGGAAAAAUAGGACAAUAGCGUAAAGUGCCGCGGCACGUCGACGCGCGUCGAGCCGCCGCCGGUGUGGGUUUGUAAAUAGAAAAUAAUGGGGGCGGCUGUUUUGACGCGCGUCAUACGGCGCCGGUGUGUUUUGGCCUUUAGCUGACAACGUUAAGGUGACAAAAGCACAACAAUCCACUGUGACAGUAGCCUUGUGAAAAGAGCAGCAGUGAUGUCACCAGCACCUUUCUGAAAAGUUUAGAGAUUUUAAAUAGAAGUGCUCGCAGCGGCUGCAGAAAAUGCCAGUGCGCUUUGAAAAAUGAUGGCCGAUAUGCUCCCUCCUCAUUGGGAACAAUUGAAAAAAGUUGAAGAAGAAAUAUUAUGUGGACAUAGGCCCUUAAGUUUUAAUGGUUUUCAGCCUACUAAAAUAAACAGGAGGAUGUGUAGUUAAAUUUCUGGGGAGGUGUACAUUAGGCUAUGGUGCAGAGUAUGUGUCUACACAGAACCUAUGAGUAUGAAUCCCAAUUUAGAGGUGCUGGUAAGCUGAUUUGUUUAAUUUAUGGACAGAAUCGGAGUAGCUACUUUCCUCUGCUUCCAGUCUGUAGCCUCAUAUUUAGUGUACAGACUAGAGAGCGAUAUCCACCUUCUCAUCUAACGCUCAACAAGAAAGCAAACAAGCAUUGCUAAAAUCAUAAAAUCAUUUCAUCACUGAAUGUAAAUCUAAACUGAAGACCUCACUUAAAUUUAGGCCAGUAGCCUUACAUAUGCUGUACUGUAUAUAUGUUAUGUUGCCUUUAUAAAGUAUUUUUAUUUUCUUCAGGAGACUGUUAGUUCACAUGGAGUGCAGCAGGAGACAUGCAAAAAAAACAAAGGAUAUAUCUUACAUACGAACAUGUAAUACCUUGGCUAAAUAAUUCUGUAUUAUAGAAAUAAGUGCAUUAAACUUAUAGACUUUGU